UUAGGUUGAUCGGGUAGUAGCAAGUAGCUGCUGGAUUUUUGCACUGCUCUCACAGUCUCUCUAAUUCUCCAUCGUCAAUGUCGACUUCAGAAUCCAUAUUUUUCUCAGUGGUGAAUAUUAUCAUUACUUUCAAAUGUGGGGGCCUUUUUUUCUGAGGAUUGGAAAGCGUGGGCUUUGCCUUUUAUUUCUCAAAAUAUAGAAUUAGAAUCCGAUCCUAAAAUCCUGACACCUUUGCUGCUGUAAUUCAGAAAUCGAAUUCAACAUCUCUUAAGAAAGCUUGCUGUUAUGGCAUCGGCUUCUUCCAAGGCUCCCCGAGUUCAACAUUUCCAGCUCGUAGAUGGCAUGCAACUUCAGAUAAAUGCGUCAGGCUCUUUGAAUGGACAUAAUGUGAGAAUUGAACUUCAGCUUAAGAACUGUACAAGGACUUGGAUUCUUCACUGGGGUUGUGUUUAUCGUGGAAACCCGAAUUGGUAUAUCCCUACUGAGCAAUCCUCAGGAACAAAAUCUUAUAAGCAAGGUGCAUUACAGACGCCAUUUACAAAGAAUGGAGAAUUAUAUGUCGUUAAUAUUGAGAUACAGGACUCUAAGUUUCAUGCUAUAGAAUUCGUCAUCAAAGAUGGCAGCUCCAAUAGAUGGUUGAAAUUGAACAAUGGGAAUUUCCGAAUUGAUAUACCAGAAUAUGAUGAAAGUAUUGAUCAUCCACCUAUUUCAAAAGAUAUGAUAGAGCGGAAGGCAUAUCAAAUCUGGGAAAGUAAGGGCAGGCCAAAUAGCACUCCAGAACAACAAAAGCAGGAUGAUGAAGAUGCUGCGAGAGAGCUCCGAAGUCAUUUGACUAAAGGAAUGCCAUUGAACGAGUCACAAGGUAGUUACAUGUUAGCAAGUGCCAAAACAAUUACUGAUACUAGAGGGAAAUCUAGAAGUGGAGUACCUUCUCAAUGGAGAAGACAUGAUGUUGAUCAGUGGUUGCAUGAACAUUCUGUUGGCCACGCCAAAAGCACAAACUUGCCUUCUUCAACUUUAAUGGAUCUUGUAGAUAGAAGUUCUAGAGGAGAAAAAGUAGUAUCGAGGCAGAGUUAUCGUGUCAGUGACCAUGAUAUAGUGGUCCUUACUAAAACUAUUAAGAGUGACCUUCACAUCUUAGUAGCUGUGAAAGCAAAAGGUACUAUGGUUCUGCAUUGGGGUGUAUCAAAGCUGUCUCCAGGGGAAUGGCUGGCCCCUCCAUCAGAAAUAUUACCUGAAAGAUCAAAACUUGUUGCUCGCGCAUGUCAGACUUAUUUCACAGAAAUAUCAACAGGGAAAGAAUCCUUUCAGCUUGUAGAUAUCAAUUUGCAGCAAAGAAAUUUCUUGGGUAUUCAAUUUGUGAUCUGGGCCGGUGGAUCUUGGAUAAAAAACAAUGGGGCAAAUUUCUCCGUUGUCUUGAAGCCAAUAAGUGGAAAGGCUGAUGGGACUGUGAAAGAUAUUCUUAAAUGGUUACUUGAUGAAAUAUAUCAAAGAGAAAAUGAGGCUGAAAGAUCAUUGAUGCAUAGGUUCAACAUUGCAGCAGAAUUGACAGAACGUUGUAAAUCUGAAGGGGAGCUGGGCCUUAUUGGAAUAUUGGUCUGGUUGAGGUUCAUGGCCUGCAGGCAUCUUAUAUGGAACAAAAACUACAACGUAAAACCUCGUGAAAUUAGUGAAGCUCAAGAUAAGUUCACCAAUUUACUGCAAAAGAUAUACUUGACCCAGCCAAAUGAUAGAGAAAUUGUGAGACUGAUUAUGUUAUGUGUUGGACGCGGAGGGCAAGGGGAUGUUGGUCAGAGAAUCCGUGAUGAAAUUCUUGUGAUUCAGAGAAAUAAUGGUUGCAAGACUGGCAUGAUGGAGGAGUGGCACCAAAAGUUGCAUAAUAACAGCAGUCCAGAUGAUGUAAUAAUUUGCGAGGCUCUCUUAAAUUAUAUAAGAUGUGGCUUCAGAAUUGAUGCUUAUUGGAAAACAUUAAAUGCAAAUGGUCUGAUGAGGGAAAAACUAGCUAGUUAUGACCGUCCAAUUGUUUCAGAACCUCGUUUCAGUACUGAUGCUAAGGAAGGUCUCAUACGUGACCUUACAAUGUACUUGAAAUCAUUAAAGGCUGUUCACUCAGGUGCUGACUUUGAAUCUGCCAUUGAAACUUGUAUGGGUGGCAAUUUGUCCCUGAAAUUGCAGGACUAUUUGAACUUUGUCAGAGCACAUGCAGCUGAUGGAAAUAUUGGUUCACUUAUGGAGAAGUUAUUGGAAUCUCGCAUUGAACUGCAUCCUGCUUUGCUCACAUCUAAUGGAAGAGCAAAAGAUUUACUCUUCCUUGAUCUUGCAUUGGAUUCUGCAGUUAGAACAACAAUGGAAAGGGGACUGAAAGAUCUCAGCUUGGACCUGCUGCCAGAUAUUUUGUUCUACCUGACCUUGAUGCUUGAAAAUUUAUGCCUGUCAACUGUCAACAAUGAAGACCUCAUUUAUUGCACAAAGGACUGGUACUGUGUCCGUGAAUCAUAUAAACCAAAUGAUGGUCAAUGGGCAUUACAAGCAAAGGCUGUUCUUGAUCGAUUGCAGCUGAUACUUGCGGAUAGGUCUCUGAACUACCAGAAAAAAGUACAGCCCAGUGCACAGUAUCUUGGUAAUUUGCUUAGUAUUCAGAAAUCGGUGAUUGAUACUUUCACAGAAGAGUUAAUCAGGGCAGGGUCAGCAGCUACUCUGUCAAUGCUCAUCAAUCGUUUUGAUCCCAUUCUCAGAAAACUUGCAAACCUAGGCUGUUGGCAGGUUAUUAGCCCAGUGGAAGUGUGUGGUUUUGUAACUUCUGUUAAUGAAUUGAUAUCCAUUCAGAGUAAAGUUUACAGAAGACCAACUGUUAUUAUUGCAAAUAGAGUAACUGGGGAGGAAGAGAUUCCCGAUGGAGUUGUGGCCGUAUUAACACCUGAUAUGCCAGACAUUCUAUCACAUGUCUCUAUUAGAGCAAGGAAUAAUAAGGUAUGCUUUGCCACAUGUUUUGAUCAGAAUGUUCUUAGGAAUCUCAAGCUGAAGGAAGGAAAAGCCAUAUCUAUAAGCAUGAAGUCCAUGGAUUUGGUUAUCAGUGAUGUCAGUGGCUCAAAUUCAUUGCUUAAUCCUUCUGUUUCUACCACCAUUCCACGAGCAGUAACUUUUAAAAGGAAGAAUUUCUGUGGGAAAUAUGCUAUUGCGGUCGAGGAGUUCACUGCUGAGAUGGUUGGUGCGAAAUCUUGCAAUAUCAAAUUUUUAAGAGAAAGGGUACCAUCAUGGAUUAGAAUUCCACUUUCAGUUGCUCUCCCAUUUGGAACCUUUGAGGCUGUUCUGUCAGAAGACAUUAACAAGGAUAUAGCAAGCAGAAUUUCUGGCUUUUACAGAUCUGUACUGGGUGGUGACCUUACAAAACUUCAAGUGAUACAAGAUGCCAUUCAAAAUAUGAGGGCACCUUUGUCUUUGACCUAUGAACUUAAGAGCAAAAUGAGAAGCUUGAGAAUACCUUGGCCUGGUGAUGAGGGUGAAAAAAGAUGGGAGCAAGCUUGGCAAGCGAUAAAGAAGGUUUGGGCUUCAAAGUGGAAUGAAAGAGCUUAUGUUAGUUGUAGGAAAGCUAACUUGAAUCAUGAUAAUAUACGCAUGGCUGUACUGGUUCAAGAAGUCAUUUGUGGUGACUAUGCUUUUGUCAUGCACACAAAGAAUCCCAUAUCGGGGGAUUCUUCAGAGAUAUAUACUGAGAUUGUGAAGGGCCUGGGAGAGACUUUGGUGGGUGCAUAUCCAGGGCGAGCUAUGAGCUUCAUUACCAAAAAAAGCAAUCUUAAGUUUCCCAUUGUUACUGGUUAUCCAAGCAAGAAUGUAGGACUAUACAGUAAGCAGUCUGUUAUAUUCAGAUCAGACUCAAAUGCCGAAGAUCUGGAAGGAUAUGCAGGAGCUGGGCUAUAUGACAGCGUGAUCAUGGAUGAAGCGAAGAAAAUUGUAUUAAACUACUCCAGGGAUCGAAUGAUAGUGGAUAAGACUUUUCAAAUAUCAAUCUUCUCAAAAAUUGCAGAGGCAGGAAAAAUCAUAGAACGCCUUUAUGGUUGCUCUCAGAAUAUUGAAGGGGUAGUAAAAGAUGGAGUCGUAUAUGUAGUUCAGGCAAGACCACAAAUCUAGUACUAUUGCAGACAGUCUAUGAUCUUCUGUUCUCAAUUUAUGUAUCUUCUAAAUUUAUGUAAUAUUUUUAAUGUUUAAUAAAUACACAUUGUGUUUGUGUUUCCUGUGA